GGACCCGGCCCCGGGGCGGCCGCGGCGUCGUGGGGAGGGCCGGGCUGGCGGCUGCCGGGGCGGGUGCUGGAGCUGGUGUUCUCGUACCUGGAGCUGCGGGAGCUGCGGAGCUGCGCGCUGGUCUGCAAGCUGUGGCACCGCGUCCUGCACGGCGAUGAGAACAGCGAGGUGUGGCGCAGCCUGGCCGCCCGCUGCCUGGCCGAGGAGGCCCUGCGCACCGACAUCCUCUGCAACGUGCCCACCUACAAGGGCAAGGUUCGUGCCUUCCACCACGCCUUCAGCACCAACGACUGCUCGAGGAACGUCUACAUCAAGAAGAACGGCUUCACSCUGCACCGCAACCCCAUCGCGCAGAGCACGGACGGGGCUCGCACCAAGAUCGGCUUCAGCGAGGGCCGGCACGCCUGGGAGGUGUGGUGGGAGGGCCCGCUGGGCACCGUGGCCGUCAUCGGCAUCGCCACCAAGCGCGCAGCCAUGCAGUGCCAGGGCUACGUGGCCCUGCUGGGCAGCGACGACCAGAGUUGGGGCUGGAACCUGGUGGACAAUAACUUGCUGCAUAACGGGGAGGUGAACGGCAGCUUCCCCCAGUGCAAUAACGCGCCCAAGUAUCAGAUAGGUGAAAGAAUUCGAGUUAUCCUGGACAUGGAAGACAAAACAUUAGCGUUUGAGAGGGGCUAUGAGUUCUUGGGAGUUGCCUUCAGAGGACUGCCAAAAGUUUGCCUGUAUCCAGCAGUGUCUGCUGUGUAUGGUAACACAGAAGUGACUUUGGUCUACCUGGGAAAACCUCUGGAUGGAUGACACGGAUUGUUUYGUUGGGACGUCGAGAUGUGGAUGUUUGGGAGGAGAAAUCUGCAUGUUGGUUAGAGGGAAAUGUGUAUUAGAGGAAAAAAAACAACAAAAAAGUGUGGGGGUGUGUCCAAGAGCCAUCGAGGGAACCACAUGGAGUUUGGAAACGGAGGACCAGCGGUACUUCAGAAAUUGUGUUACAUUUCCUCUUUCUACCAGGCCAGAAAAAUCCUCAGGGCUGCAGUUGGUUGAGUGGGAAGCUGACACAUGCAUGUUGCAACAGAUUUCAUUGCUAAAAUGGCAGUGUGACCUCAAACAUUUAGGAAAGGACUUGAUACCAAAAUGCUUGAGGAAAUUACCUGGGAUUUGUAAGUGGCUUGUUUUGUGAGAGACUCCCAUUUCCAAACUGCUUGUUCCCUCCUUCCUUCCUUCCUUCCUUCCUUCCUUCCUUCCUUCCUUCCUUCCUUCCCUCCUUGGGGCCAGCGUGGGGGCUGGAGCAGAGUGGGGCUGCUGGGGGUAUUUACAAUUUUUAAUGUCAUGAGAGGCACGGUCUGUGUGACUGCCCUUCUCUGGUAUAACCAUAUACCAACACGUGUGCAGCUACUUUUAAGUGUAUUUUAAGGGUUGUAUAUAAAGAAAACGUUGAAAAGAACAGUUAAAAGAAAGGGUUUGCUUUAUUCUAACUGGGACAGAAUUUCCUAAAGGGAAAAAAUAUCACCCCCCUCCCUGGCACCAGAACACACACCUGGGACAGGUGUGCAGCGUUCAUGUCAGUGCAGUUCUGUUGUGACUUGUUUUGGGAUGCUCUUGUGGAGUGCAGUGCUGCUUUGGGUUGUUCCCUGUGAAAGUUUUCAUGGCUUCAGUGACAGGUUUGUUCUCUGUAGGAAAC